AAAAAUGGAGAUUUUGAUUGUUCAAACAGGAGGUACAAUAGAUAAGUGUUAUCCUAAAAAUAUUGGGGGUUAUGCCUUUGAAAUCGGCAAUAGUUAUGCCAUGGAGAUUUGCAGUAGAUAUACAUUGCCGGAUUACAUAAAAUUUCAACUCACCAAACCAUUUUUAAAGGAUAGCUUAGAAAUCUCAAUGGAAGAUAGAUCCGAACUUAUUAAUUUAUUGAUUGAUACUCAGUUUGAGAAGAUACUUAUCACUCAUGGAACGGAUACAAUGAUUGAAACUGCACAGUAUUUAACUAAUUAUGAAGAGAAGCUUAAAAACAAAUGUAUUGUGAUAACAGGUGCUUUUCGACCCGGUGUAUUCAAAAAUACAGAUGCCGACUUCAACGUAGCAUUUGCAAUUGGUGGACUGAUAAUGUCAAAGAAGCCAGGAAUUUUCAUAGCAAUGCAUGGUCAGUUCUACCAGCCAAGUGAAGUUGUUCGUGAUGGAGAAACAGGGACUUUUAUUCCAAUCGGAAAUGAAAAAUUCUAGUCAAACGUUCACCAGAGAAAUCAACUUGCUACUGUUUUUAUUUAAAAUAGCAUAGAUUGAUUAUGAACAGCGAACUAUCAAUACAAGUUUGGGAAUUCUAGAUGCACUUAACGAGAUAAUACAUUUGUUUUUUUACUUUGUAUUA